CCCCACGGUGUUUAAUUUUUUCCCUUGUAGUAUUAAAUUAUUUAUUUGAGUCGUUCAGAAACUUAUCCGAGGAUGACGGACGCUUUAAUACCGAACGGCAUCGACGACAGUGGAGGAAAUCUCAGUUACUUCAGAAAGGGAUCUAACCCGCUGGCGCAGACGGGACGGAGUAAGCUGCAGAAGGAGCGAGCCGUUCUGAACCAGCAGAUCAUCAAACAGAUGAGGAUUAGGGCCGGAGCUGAGAACCUGCUGAAAGCGACGUCCAACAGCAAGGUUAAAGAGAUGGUUCUUCUGGAGUUGAGUUAUAUAAACUCCAACCUGCAGCUGCUGAUGGGACAGCUGGAGGCCCUCAACAGUUCAGUGGACGUCUAUCAGAGCACGCAGGAAACCAUCAACAUUCCCUUGAUUGCUCUGGGUCUGAAGGAGACAAAAGAAGUCGAUUUCUCCACUCCCUUUAAGGACUUCAUUAUGGAUCACUACAAUGAAGACGGCAAGAAGUUUGAAGAUGAGAUUGCUGACCUGAUGGACCUGAGAGAGGCAUGCAGAACCCCAAGUCGGAGCGAGGCCGGGGUGGAGCUGCUGGAGAAGUACUACAACCACCUUCCACUGAUUGAGAACAGAUUCUUUUCUCCCACCCGACAGACCGGCAUCUUCUUCACCUGGUACGAUUCCUUCACAGGAGUGCCCGUGUGCCAGCAGAAUCUGUCUCUGGAGAAGGCCAGCAUCCUCUUCAACAUGGCCGCCCUUUUCUCCCAGAUCGGAACCCGCUGUAACCGUCAGGCCACGGCGGGCCUGGAGGAGGCCAGCUCAUCCUUCCAGAAGGCUGCAGGUAUCCUGAACUACCUGAAGGAGACCUUCACCCACACUCCCAGCUACGACAUGAGCCCCGCCAUGCUCAGCAUGCUCAUCCGCCUCAUGCUCGCUCAAGCUCAAGAGUGCCUGUUUGAGAAGUCAGUGCUGCGCGGCACAAUGAAGAAGUUUAACGCUAUGAUAAAGGUCGCCCAGGAGGCUGCAAAGGUGGCAGAAGUCUACGAUCAAGUCCACCAGGGCAUGAUCCAGACGCAGCUCAAGGACAACGUCCCGCUGUUCUGGUCCACCAUGACACAAGUGAAGACCAACCACUACAACUCCAUGGCUCAUUACUUUGUGGCAGUGGCGCUGCUGGACCACCAGUUGGGUCCCAGAGACGACGAGGACCACCAGGAGAAGACGUUCUCUCAAGUGUACGAUCAGUUUCCUGAGGGCUGGACUCCUCUGGACGUGCUGAAGCAGACGGAGCUGCGCGAGCGUCUCGGCAAAGCUCACAUCCGUAAGGCCACAGUCGGCCACGAGGAGGCUCUGAGGAUCUUCGACAUGUGCCCGAACCUGAACAAUCACGAUGUUCUGCGGGAAAUUCUAAAAACCAGCCACCACCACUCUCUCGACAAGUACAGCGAGUUUGAGAACGAGGAGGAAUUCACCGACUACAUGGAAGCCCCGAACGUCCUCUCUAAAACAGAACGUAAAGCAGAGAUGGAGAUUCCCUCAACGUCAAAGGUGAAGGUCAAAGACUUUUUCCACCGACUGGGUCCUCUCACAGUCUUCUCUGCCAAGCAGCACUGGUCACCCCCACGGACAAUGAGGAUUUGUCAUGAGGAUCGAGACCUGGGCUUUACCCUGAAAGGGGGCGCACCGGUGCAGGUGGUGUCCCUGGACCCCCUCUCUUUGGCCGCUAGAGACGGGCUCAAAGAGGGAGACUACAUUAUUGCUGUGGGCGAAACUGAGUGCAAAUGGAUGAGCGUGACUGAAGUGAUGCGCCUUUUGAAGGAUGUGGAUGAGGAGGGCAUCGACAUCCAGGUGGUCACCAUGAUGGACACCAACACUUCCAUGCCGGCCAAGAGCGCCACCUUCAGUGGGAAUCUGCCCAAGACCUACUCCAUGAUUUGUCUGGCGCAUGACGACGAAGACAAGAACCCCAAGUCUCGCAAGGUGACCAAGAAGUCCUCGUUCCUCAGCUGGGGUCUGAAGAACAAGAUGAAGAGCACCAGCACCAUCAGCCUCCCCACGGCUGACUACUCCGGCGGUUUUCCCUGGAACAAGCACCUUCCCAGCUUCCCCAGCUCCAGCGCCUACAACAGCGAAAGCUUAUUCUGAGCCCGCUCCCUGUCAGACCUGCUCGCUUCACUGCAAGUGCCUCUCAGUGCUUCUGCUGACGACGCAGAGACUUCACCGCCACACAAACGAACCAGGAGGGUGCCUGUAUAGUUCAGCUUCCCAUCAUACAGCAGAGUUCUGAACUCAAAGCGUGAUGAGUAAAGCUGAGUGCCAUCCCAGUGUGUCGCUCAGAACCAGAUCUGUCCAACAAACUUUCCACCUGCCACUUUUACAGUGACACAACUUCAAUGUGGAUUUUCUUUGCUUUCAGGCUUAAAUUUUCUUGUCACUUUUGAAAAGUCCAAACUUAAAAGCAUCGUAAAAGUUAAAGAGCUCCAUCUGCCGCUCCGUUCUGUCUCUGACGAUGUUUGUGAAAGUUUUUGCCAUAUUUGUUCCUAAAAACUUCUGUAUAUUUAAGGUUACUAAAGCUCACCGCUAAAUGUUAGACCGUCGUUUUGUUUCUCUUUGCCCGGGGAUCGUUGGAGUUUGCAAUAUCUUAUAAGCUGCUAAAGGUCACACAUGUAUAGGUUUUAUUUUUGUUGUUCUGUGUUUUUAACUUUUAAGGAUUGUGGUUUCAGCAGAGUGCCAUACAACACACAGACUGGGGUUUUAUGUUACACUCUCACGCCAGGUUCUGCUUCUUCUCAUCUGCAUCUAGCAGGAAAUGUGCAUUAAUGUGAAUCUAGAUCUUAUCGUGUCUCCAGAAGGGAAAUAUUCGCACCAACAAAACUGACAUUGGGUUUUAGCUAUUCGUCUGUCUUUCUGUCACCUCUCACAUUUGACUGACACUUUGCUGUGUUGGACUACCUCUUUAUCUACAAAGUAGAUUCUUGUACACAUUUGAUAAUCAAAUUAUUUAUGUAAUAAAAAAUAUAUAUAUCUGAAAGUUGUAGUUCUAGUUUAUUUUGUUAAGUGUUGAAUUGUUGCACAGUGGAUUUCUUGCUCACUUGAAGGAAUGUAUUUAAUGAACUUAAUCUUUUAUUAUUACACUAUAGUAAUUCAAUUUACAAGGUUUAAAAACUAAUCAUGUUUAGGUGGUAACAAAUAAAAUAUGCUUUAUUGCAUUUGUGUUCUUACAUUUAUGUCUCAAGUGCCAUUUAUGCCGGAUCAUUAAGUGAAAUGUCAAAAUGUAAAAAUUGUGCAAUGAUUUUUGCUGAAUGCAUGUUAGUAUUGGAUUGUCUGCAUCUGUUCCUGCAGUGACGAUAUACUUCAUUAUCUGGUUUUCUUUAUCUUACAGAUUAUGUUGCUCUGUCAAGCAUUGUAUUCAUGUAAACUUCAAUAAAAUAAUUU